AUGUAUCGGUUCUGUGCUGCUGCUGCAGCAAAUGCUGCGGCAGUUAGUGCUGCUGCAGCUAAUGCUACUGCUGCUAAUGCUGCACCUCGCGCUGCUGUAGCUAAUGCUGCUGCUGCUAAUGCUGCAGCAGCAGCAGCAGCAGCAAGACCUGCUGAGCUUGCUCCCUCACAUCAGGUAAUCCCAGUAGCUGCAGCAGCAGCAGCAGCAGAAACAGGGCCAGCUGCCGCAGCAGCUGCACCUGCAUCAGCAGCAGCAAGACAUGCAACUCCUGCUGCACGAAGCUGUGCUGCUUCUCCUGAAGCCCUUGAGAAGUCGCACGCAGCAGCAGCAGAAGCAGCAGCAAAAGUAGCAGCAGAAACAGCAGUGGGAACAGCAACAACAGCUCCAGCAGCAGAAGCAGCAGCAUCAGAAGCAUCAGCAUCAACAGCAGCAGCAGCGACUCCUGCUGCUGCUGCACUCCAAGGGGGAUUGGUGAUUAAAGCCGUGCGUAGCUCAGCAAGAAGGAAGGGCUCUUUGCUGCAGCUGCAGGAUUCUGCUGCUGCUGCAGUGUCUGCCAUGCAGCAGCAGCUGCUGCUGCCUAGAGAGGCGGGGCAGCUGCUGCAGCUGCUUUCGCGCCACCAGGAGUUGCUGCCGCGCAGCAUUUGGAGGGAAGCAGCAGCAGCACUACUGCCGCUGCUGCAGAAGCAGCAGCACCUCGCUACCCCCAAGCAAAAGGGUACAAGCAGCCUCAGCGGCAUACAGCAGCAGCAGCAGCAGCAGCAACAGCAACUGCAACCGCAGCCGCAACCGCAACCGGCACAUCAACAUCAGCAACAAUCACAACAGCAGCAGCAGCAACAGCAGCAGCAGCAACAGCAGCAGCAGCAGCAGCAGCAGAUGUCUGCAUGCGACUUGGCAGUAAUAUUAAAUGCCUUCGCUCGGGCCCGACACCGGCCUGCGCGUUUGCUGCAGGAGGCUCUCCGUCUCCUUUCCCCUCAGGAUGCAGCGCAGCAGCAGCAGCAGCAGCAGCAGCAACAGCAGCAGCAGCAAAUGAUGCACCAGCACCAGCAGCCAACCGAAGAGGAACUCAAAAGACGCAGCCGCCUUGGGCGCGCAGCCUUUGCGCAGACUCAUCUGCAUGCAGAACAGCAGCAGCAACAGCAGCAGCAGCAGCAAAAGCUGCAGCAACAACAGGAAGUUGCAGUAAAUGAAGCCACAUCUCAGCAGGCAGCGCGCUCUGCACCUGCUGCUGCUGUUGCUGCUGCUGAAGACACCAUCUGGGAGUUCAACGCAAAUACACCAGGAGAAGCAGCAGCAGCAGCAGCAGCAGCAGCUUGUGGGGGCGGCGGUGCUGCUGCUGCUGCUGAAGUUCCUAGCGCGGCAGAAGCGACUGCAAGAGCAGGCGAAGCAGCCUCAAGAACAGGCCCAGCAGCAGCAGCAGCAGCAGCAGCAACAGCAGCGACAGCAGCGACAGCAGCAACAACAGCAACAGAAACAAUAACAGCAACAGCAAGUGCAACAGCAACAGCAGGAACAGCAGCAGCAUCCACUCCACCAAACUCUGAAGCGCUUCCCGAAGAGAUGUUGACUGCUGCUGCUGCUGCUGCUGCCCCUGCUGCUGCUGCUGCGGCUCCUCCUGCUGCUGCUGCUGCUCCAGUUGUGUGGGGGGUGAAGGAGGGUGUGUUGCUGCUGCAUGCGCUGUCAUCGCUGCAGGUGGCGGCCCCGCUGCUGCAGCAGCAGCUGCGGCUGUGGGUGCAGCGGCAGCUGCAGCACUUGAGCCCGCUGCAGGUAGCUGUUGCUGUUAAUGCCCUCGCAGCAGCAAAGCAGGCAGACGCCCUGCUGCUGCGUUCAGUUGCUGUUCAUAUGCUGCAGCCGCUGCAGCAGCAUGAGCUCCUGCUGCUAAAGCAACGGCAGCGUUCUAAACAGCAGCAGCAGCGGAAGCAGCAGCAGCAGCAGCAACAACAGGAGCAGGAAUUGCUGCAGCAGCAGCAUCAGCAGUCGCCGGAGCAGGAGCUGCAUUCUCCGGAGCAGCAAGAGCUGCUGCUGCAGCAGCAGCAGCAACAGCAGCAGCAGCAACAGCAGCAGCAGCAACAGCAGCAACAGCAGGUGCUUCUGCGGCUGCAUGCAUUAGAUAAAGGAGGCGUUAUAAUGUUGCUGCUGGCGCAGCUGCGCAUGCGUAGAGCCGAUGGCCCCUUGUCUCGUGCCUUGCUGCAGCAUCUGCUGUCAGGCAGCAGCAGCAGCAGCAGCAGCAGCAGCAGCACCAGUGGGAAAGAAAGAGAAACGGUGCGUGCUGCAGCAGCAGCCGAUGAACACAUACUGAGCAGCAGCAGCAACAGCAACAGCAGCAACAGCAACAACAAUAGCAGCAACAGCAACAACAACACUAGCAGCAGAAGCAGCAGCAGCAGGUGCAGCAGCAACAGUGUUGUAACGAACGUAUUGCAGCAGUUGAGCGGGCGAGAGGUUGCUGUGCUGCUGCUGCACCUGGCGAGACACCCCAAACUGCAUGCAGCAGCAACUGUGGAAUGUGUUGCUGCAGCAGCUAUUUUGCUGCUGCCAAGCCUACGUGACAGAGCGCUGCUGCUUGCUGCUUACGGCCUGGCGCUGCUGCUACCGCAGCUGCAGCAGCAGCAGCAGCAGCAGCAGAUGAAGCCUGCAGCAGCAGAUGCACGACUGCAGCAGCAGCAGCAGCAAGUUGCUGCUGUUGUUGCUGCUCGCUUUGCUGCUCACACCCCUGGGGGGCCCCAGGCGUUUGAGUUGCUGCGUGUGUUGCAGCUGCUGCUUGGAGGGAUGCCGAAGCAGCAUUAUCCCCGUUGCUGCAGCGAGUUGCUGCUGCAGCUGCAGCCGCUGCUGGUACGGCAUGUGCAUGCGCUGCCAGACGCUCGGCUUGCUGCUGCUGCUGCUGCUGCUGCUGCUCUCGGGUGUCUCAACAGCGACUUCAAAGACAAAAUUAUUGCAGAGGCGGCUUAUAGGCUGCACCAUCUCUCCCCACACCAUGCAGCAGUGCUGCAUAAGGUUCUGCUGCAGCAGCAGCAGCAUGAGCAGCAACAGCAGCAGCAGCAGCAGCAGCAGCAGCAAGGGGACAGCGCUGAGUUGCAAACAGAAGAAGAAGAAUGGCCCAUGGAGCCUUUCGAGGACGAAGAACUCCAGCAGCAGCAGCAACAGCAGCAACAGCAGCAACAGCAGCAGCAGCAGCAGCAGCAGCAGCACCCUCUUUGUGGAGAUGCUUUGAUAGACGGCACAGCUGAGGUGCUGCAUGCGCUCUUCAUCCGCUCCAAAAGCAGCAGCAGCAGUAGCAGCAGCAACAGCAGCAGUAGAAGCAGCAACAGGAACCUCAACGAUCUCGGCAGCAGCCGCACCAGCAUCAGCAGCAGCAGCCACAGCAGUAGCAGCAGGAGCAGCCACCGACCUCCGCAGCAGCAGGAGCAGCCACUACAAGAGCAGCAUCAGCCACAGCAGCAGCCACAGCAGCAGCAGCCACUGCAAGAGCAGCAGCAGCAGCAGCAGCAGCCACAGCAGCAGCAGCAGCAGCUUGUGAAUAUGGCACUGAAUCCUGUGUUAGCUGAGGAUGGGUCAGGCGAUUUGUUUCCGCUGCCUGCAACAGGCGAAAUAUUCUUUUUGCGUCGCGACAGCAUCGGCUUUUCAAUUAAGGGGCCCAGCCUAAAGCUGAAGCUUGAAGGCUCAUGCUUCCUUAGCAGCUUACGCCUUGUAGUGCUACGCUCCAGACGGCGGCGUCAGCAACAGCAGCAACAGCAGCAGCAGCAGCAGCAGCAGCAGCAGGUUGCUGCUGCAGGAGAGUUUUUUUCUUGCGAAUUGCCGCUGCAUCUGCUGCAGCAAGUUGCAUUUAAGCAACCAAUCAUAGGAGCAAAUUACUUAGAAGGCCUCGUACACCCGAAGGAGGAUUCUGCUUCUUCUUUAAGUGCUACAUCUUCUUGGUCUAUUACAUUUAAAGCAGGCGGCUGCGGCACAUUCAUUAAUCUCUUCUUCCCAUUGCUGAAAACAGCAGCAAACUCCCUACAGCCAGACCCCUUGCUGCUGCAGCAGCUACCCCUAGGUGCUAAUGCUGCCUUCGUAGACCCCAGCGAUCCUUCACUCGUUUAUAUCACACAGCCACAAACAGCAAACCCGCAGCAGCAGCAGCAGCAGCAGCAACAGCAACAGCAGCAACAGCAGCAACAGCCGUGGCAGCAGCAACAGCAACACACCUGGCCGCAACAGCAGCAGCAACCCCCACAGUUCUACCCCUCUCCAUACCCAAUGCAGCAACUGCCGCAGCAGCAGCAGCUGCUGCCGCAGCAGCAGCCUCAUAUGCCUCCUCCUCCUUACCCGCAGCAGCAGUGGCCCCAGCAGCAGCCGCACUGGCAGCAGCCGCAACCCUGGCAGCCGCAGCAGCAACCUCCACCAUUUCCGCAAGCACAGCCGCAGCAGCAGCAGCAGCAGCCGCAGCAACCGCAGCAGCAGCAGCAGCAGCCGCAGCAGCCGC